UUUUCCGUCUGAUGCGUAGCAUCUCUACUUGGUCUGUGGUGAUCAGCCGGAUUCAGCCAGCCGUGAUGUCUACUUUUGACGCAAUAUGGUGGCCGCUUGGAUAUCAAAGCUGAUGUUAGUUAUUUGUUAUUUUGAGGCGUUUUUGUAAUUUGUUAUAUAAACAAACAAGAAUCAUGGCUUGCGUAGCGGCCGGUUGUAUGUCUAGAAUGGGUGUUUUAUCGGAAAGCGAUCAAAAGAUAUCUUUCCAUAGAUUUCCUAAAGAUCCUAAUCUAAGAAACAAGUGGAUUCAGAAUAUGAAACGAGAUAAUUGGAGACCUUCACCAUACUCUCGCCUUUGCUCACUACAUUUUGAUGUAUCUUGCUAUCGGGCAGGAUACACAUCAAAAACAUUGCACAGUGAUGCUGUACCUACAAUAUUUUCUCAUAUACAUAAAGAUUCACAUAAGGCAAAAUUAAGGCGAUCCAGGCCUUCACGACCAGAGCUGACACCAUCCACGUCCACUUCUAAACAAAGUGCACAAGUUGAAAUACUGAAUUUAAAAAAAACAAUAUCUGAGAAAAAUAAAAUCAUUGCCGAUUUAACUAAACAUAUUAAACGGUACAAAACUACCGCUGAAAGAAGAUUGAGAAAUUUGAAAAAAGUAAGACAGUGUUUACGUAGACUAAGAAAUAAACGGAAAAAUGAUGAUGAUCCGCCACCAGAAUUCUCAAAAGUACUUUUGUUAUCCGAAAAUAUAUGAAUAUGUCCCUUCGCAAAAUUGAGUCGUAGCAAGUUUUUGGUGAUAAUUAUUUUCCUUUUUAAGCAAUGUUAACACAUUUUUUACUGACUACCGUUUAUUGUGUAUGAAUAUAAGUGAUAUAAGUAUUAUUAGUAUUAGUAGUAUUAUAAGUAUUAACGGAAGGCGAUUGGGGCAACCACCGUUCUACAAGCCCUAUCUAUGGAGUAUUGAAGGCGAUUACUCCACCGACAAGAGCGCAGCUCUUAAAUAAAGAGAGAGAAGUAUUA